AUGGAUGAAAAGACUGCCGUCUCCUCCUACACGUCACGCCGUGUUAGUCUCCGUCUGACGGGCUGGAACCGGACGCUGUUCCUGUCGUCUCCCAAAACAAUCAAUCAAUCAGCCUCACUCUGCCGCUUAACGAACCACGGCGCCCCGCCCAUGGCCCGCCCACGGCGUGACGAAGCCGGCGACCCGUGGGCGGAGCGGCGUCUCCUGUGGGAGCCGAUACAUGAUACGGUGUUGGUCAGUGCUGGUCAAUGUGACUCGGUGUUUAAAGGUUUCUCCGACUGUCUGUUGAAGUUGGGGGAUAACAUGGCCAACUACCCCCAGGACCUGGACGACACCGAGAACCUGCACAAGAUCUGCUCUUACUGGGAUAACUUCCACUCCUGUGCCACGACGGCACUGGCCGACUGCCAGGAGGGGGCAACGGACCUGUGGGAGAAGCUGAAAAAGGAGUCCCGCAACCUGGAUUUCCGUGGGAGUUUGUUUGAACUCUGUGGCGGCAGCAACGGCGCCCCCAGAUCCGCCGGUGCCGGGGGUGUGGCCGUGCUCCUAGCCUCGCUGCCCACCAUACUGACUUGGCUGGCGUUUUAACAGAAACAAGGAAAAAAUAAAAACACAAAGCGACGAGAGAAAAGAAAAAAAAAAAAAACACAAGUGAAAAAAGAAAAUAUGAAACAAGUGAAAGCUCCUCUUCAACACUGAAAAAACGACUUUGACGAGUCUGAAUUCAUCACCUUAAAACUACACCCAAAAUGGAUUUGUACUUCGACAUCAGCG